GAGGGUGGUGCUGGAGGGGAGGAGUUUGUGGUGGAGUUGCAGGAGACGGUUCUGGUGUUGGAGGGAGAAGGGGAGGGAAUGGAGGUGCAUGGAUUAGCUCCAGAGGAGCUGGUGAUCCAGGAUGCUGUUGAGGACGUGGUGUCUGAGUAUGUGCACUGCGAUGAGGACGAGGAGGUUGCUGUGGAGACGUGUGUGAUGUCGCUGGAUGGGGAGGACGAAGGCGUUGCCAUGGGGGACAUGCCUGAAGAUGUGAUGGUGGCAGACGGGCAUGCCCAGGAUGAACUGGACCCAGAGCAAGACACAGACGGCUGUGGGGACUACCUGAUGAUCUCCUGUAAGUACCAGGCUACUUCUCUUCUCCAGUUCUACAUCAAUACCACUCACUCAGUCACUUGGCCUCUUAUAAAGAAAACAUUGCUGUUAAACUAAUGAUCAGUAGUGAAUGGACUAACUCUGUCUCUCUUUUCAUCUCCUUCCAGUGGAUGAGGCAGGCAAGAUGGUGUCAGACGAUGGUACAGAGGUGACUGUGGAGGGAGCCGUGGAGGACCAGGAGUUGGAGAAGGAUGAGGAUGGCCAGGAGGUGAUCAAGGUGUAUAUCUUCAAGGCAGACUCUGGGGAGGAUGACCUGGGUAAGGAGAUAUUUGAAUAAUGUUUAAUGCACUUAGAAAGAGGGAUUGUAUAACCCAUAGUAGUUGAUCACUAAGGAGUAUUAAGUCAGUGUGUGGUUGUCUGUGUAGGAGACACAGAGGACUUGGAAGACUCUACAGGCCGAACGCUCCGAGAGAAGAUGGUGUACAUGUCCCAGGGGGACCAUUGUAAGAACUAAAUUGUGUGUGUGUGUGUGUGUGUGUGUUUUACGAUUGUGUUGUAACUAGUGUGUUUUCCUGCAGGUGCAUCAAAGAUAUCUGAUGAGGUUUACAUGGAGGUGGUGGUGGGGGGUGAGGAGCCAGUGACCCAUGAGCGGUCUUACGACAGCACGGCUCUCAGUAAGGACUUCAUGCCUGUGGCUUGGGCAGCCGCUUAUGGUCAGUAACACACACUAUUAUAUACAAACGUACCGUUUAACAGGGCAGAGAAUGUCUUCUUGCUCUUCUGUACUCUGUAGUGAUAAGUACAGUGCAUUCGGAAAGUAUUCAGAUCCUUUCCCUUUUUCCACAUUUUGUUACGUUACAGCCUUAUUCUAAAAUGGAUUAAAUAUUUUUAAAAUCCUCAUCAAAAUCCAGACAAUACCCCAUAUUGACAAAGUGAAAAGACAUUUUUGCAAAUGUAUUAAAAAUAAAAAAAACAUACCUUAUUUACCUAAGUAUUAAGACCCUUUGCUAUGAGACUCGAAAUUGAACUCAGGUGCAUCCUGUUUCCAUUUAUCAUCUUUGAGAUGUUUCUACAACUUGAUUGGAGUCAACCUGUGGUACAUCCAAUUGAUUGGGCAUGAUUUUGAAAGGCACACACCUGUCUAGAUGAGGUCCCACAGUUGACAGUGCAUGUCAGAGCAAAAACCAAGCCAUGAGGUCGAAGGAAUUGUCCGUAGAUCUCUGAGACAGGAUUGUGUCGAGGCACAGAUCUGGGGAAGGGUACCAACAUUUUUUUGCAGCAUUGAAGGUCCCCAAGAACACAGUGGCCUCCAUCAUUCUUAAAUGGAAGAAGUUUGGAACCACCCAGACUCUUUCUAGAGCUGGCCGCCCGGCCAAACUGAGCAAUCGGGGGAGAAGGGCCUUGGUCAGGGAGGUGACCAAGAACCCAAUGGUCACUCUGACAGAGCUUCAGAGUUCCUCUGUGGAGAUGGGAGAACCUUCCAGAAGGACAACCAUCUCUGCAGCAGUCCACCAAUCAGGCCUUUAUGGUAGUGGCCAGAUGGAAGCCACUCCUCAGUAAAACCCACAUGACAGCCCACUUGGAAUUUGCCAAAAAGGCACCUAAAGGACUAUGCUCAUGAGACACUAUAUUCUCUGGUCUGAUGAAACCAAGAUUGAACUCUUUAACCUGAAUGUCAAGCGUCACAUCUGAAGGAAACCUGGCACCAUCCCUACGGUGAAGCAUGGCGGUGGCAGCAUCAUGCUGUGGGGAUGUUUUUCAGCGGCAGGGACUGGGAGACUAGUCAGGAUCGAGGGAAAGAUGAACGGAGGCAAGUACAGAGAGAUCCUUGAUGAAAACCUGCUCCAGAGCGCUCAGGACCUCAGACUGGGGCGAAGGUUCACCUUCCAACAGGACAACGACCCUAAGCACACAGCCAAGACAACGCAGUGGCUUCGGGACAAGUCUCAAUGUCCUUGAGUGGCCCAGCCAGAGCCUGGACUUAAACCCAAUCAAACAUCUCUGGAGAGACCUGAAAAUAGCUGUGCAGGAACGCUCCCCAUCCAACGUGACAGAGCUUGAGAGGAUCUGCAGAGAAGAAUGGGAGAAACUCCCCAAAUACAUUUACAUUUUAGUCAUUUACAUUUUAGUCAUUUAGCAGACGCUCUUAUGCAGAGCGACUUACAGUUAGUGAGUGCAUAAAUUUUUUUUCUUCUUCAUACAACAGGCAAAUACAGGUGUGGCAAGCUUGUAGCGUCAUAUCCAGGAAGACUCGGGCUGUAAUUGCUGCCAAAGGUCCUUCAACAAAGUACUGAGGAAAGGGUCUGACUACUUAUGUAAAUGUGAUAUUUCAGUGUUUUCAAAUUUCAAAUUUUCUACAAACUGGUUUUUGCUUUGUUAUUAUGGGGUAUUGUGUGUAGAUUGAUGAGGGGAAAAAACAAUUUUAAUCAAUUUUAGAAUAAGGCUGUAACGUAACAAAAUGUGGAAAAAGGGAAGGGUUCUGAAUACUUUCCGAAUGCACUAUAUCUCUGCUCUAGCAGUGUUGAGAGAAGGUGUGCAUUUGCAUUCAAAGUUUGCUAUGUGAUUCCAGGUUCUGAGGACAGUGAAAGCUGUGAGAACAGGAACGGUGCUGCCAGUGCUCUGCUGCACAUUGACGAGUCAGACGGAGUGGACAAGGUCAACAGGCAACGGAACAAGAACAAGAGAACAAGGGCUGAGCCUCGGCAGGUCCAGACAGGUACGCAACUGUCAGAUGGGACUGAAUUACAGUCAGGUAAUUAUUGGCAUCCUUGAUCAAAUGAGCAAAAAAGACUGUAUAAGAUAAAAGUAUGUGGACACCCCUUCUAAUUAGUGGAUUUGGCUAUUUCAGCCACAUCCUUUGCUGACAGGUGUAUAAAAUUGAGCACACAGCCAUGCAAUCUCCAUAGACAAACAUUAGUAGUAGAAUGGCCUUACUGAAGACCUCGGUGACUUUCAACAUGGCACCGUCAUAGGAUGCCACCUUUCAAACAAGUCAGUGAAAAUUCUGCCCUGCUAGAACUGCCCCGGUCAACUGUAAGUGCUGUUAUUAUUUAGUGGGAACGUCUAGGGGCAACAACGUCUCAGCCGCGAAGUGGUAGGCCACACAAGCUCUCAGAGUGGGACCGCCGAGUGCUGAAGCGCGUAGCGCGUAAACAUCUUCUGUCCUCGGUUGCAACACUCGCUACCGAGUUCCAAACUGCCUCUGGAAGGAACGUCAGCACAAUACCUGUUCGUUGGAAGCUUCAUGGAAUGGGUUUUCAUGGCCGAGCAGCCGCACACAAGCCUAAGAUCACCAUGCGCAAUGCCAAGCGUCAGCUGGAGUGGUGUAAAGCUCGCCGCCAUUGGACUUUGGAGCAGUGGAAACGCGUUCUCUGGAGUAAUGAAUCACACUUCACCGUCUGGCAGUCGGACGGACAAAUCAGGGUUUGGCGAAUGCCAGGAGAACGCUACCUGCCCAAUUGCAUAGUGCCAACUGUAAAGGUUGGUGGAGGAGGAAUAAUGGUCUGAGGCUGUUUUUCAUGGUUCGGGCUAUGCCCCUUAGUUCCAGUGAAGGGAAAUCUUAACACCACAGCAUACAAUGACAUUCUAGACCAGGGUUCUUCAAUUCCGGUCCUGGAGGGCCGAGACACCUCUGUUUUUCAUCCUCUCCUUCUAAUCAGGGGCUAAUUCAGACCUAGGACACCAGGUGAGUGCAAUUAACUACCAGGUAGAAAUAAAAAACAGAAGUGUUUCGGCCCUCCAGGACCGGAAUUGAAGAACCCUGUUCUAGACUAUUCUGUGCUUCCAACUUUGUGGCAACAGUUUGGGGAAGGCCCUUUCCUGUUUCAGCAUUGCAAUGCCCCCGUGCACAAAGCGAGGUCAAUACAGAAAUGGUUUGUCUAGAUCGGGGUGGAAGAACUUGACUGGCCUGCACAGAGCCCUGAGCUCAACCCCAUCGAACACCUUUGGGAUGAAUUGGAACGCCGACUGCGAGCCAGGCCUAAUUGCCCAACAUCAGUGCCCGACCUCACUAAUGCUCUUGUGGCUGAACGGAAGCAAGACCCCGCAGCAAUGUUCCAACAUCUAGUGGAAAGCCUUCCCAGAAAAGUGGAGGCUGUUAUAGCAGCAAAGGGGGACCAACUCCAUAUUAAUGCCUAUGAUUUUGGAAUGAGAUGUUCGACGAGCAGGUGUCCCCAUACUUUUGGUCAUGUAGUGUAUGUGCAGAUACAAAAUGUAUGUGGAGACCAUGUAGUGUAUAUUGUGUGCUAAUUAUGUUUGUUGAAAUUAUAUUAUUUUAUACCAAUACAAUUACUCAGAGAAAUAGAUUUUGUUUAACAAAAUGUAUCUAAAAGAUAGGGGUCAAAAAUAUUGACAUCCCUGUAUUCAAUACUCCAGGACCCUUCCCUUGCCACUGAGCCGUUUUCAAAAAUGCUUUAUGAGAUUGGAGUGUUAACACAUUGCGAUGGAUCUUAGACAAUUCCUCCAUACAGAAUCUUUCCAGGUUCUCCAAGGGGAGGGUGCCAGAGUAUUUGGUUGUAGUUUUGAAAUUUAUUUUUAAUUAUUUGUUAAACAAAUUCUUUCUAUAAGCAAUUGUAUUAGUAUAAAAUAAUAUAAUAUUCCCCAUUUUAGAGCAUACAAUAUAACUCAGUAUUUGUAUUAUUAUUUGAUAGUCUUCCUUGCUCGUCUUUAUCAAGGGUGACAAUCAUUUUGCACCUGACUAUAUGUUACUGAUUGUAUGGGCUGGGCAACUGCGGGUCAUUUAUAAAGUCAGCUGAUUGCCAAACUCACUCUCUGCACAGGUUUUCAGGUGUUUAAUUUCUGAAUACAGAUCAUGUGAUAUCUGGGAGUUAUGAGCUUUGUAUCUGUCCUAAUUUUCUUCUCUUUUGCUGUUUCCCAUUCCAGCCAUCAUUAUUGGUCCAUAUGGCCAGCCUCUGACAGUAUACCCCUGCAUGCUCUGUGGCAAGAAGUUCAAGUCGCGAGGCUUCCUGAAGCGCCACACCAAAAACCACCACCAGGAUGUCCUGACCAGGAAAAAGUACCAGUGCACGGACUGUGACUUCACCACCAAUAAGAAGGCCAGCCUUCAUAACCAUAUGGAGGUGCACACACUGAACAACAAGGCUCUGUUUGAGUGUGAGGUGUGUGGCAAGGAGUUCCACCAGCAGGCAGCGCUGUUCUCCCAUCGACUGCAGCACCACCACCGUGAGCCCAAGAGUCCAGUGCCUUCACAGGCCAACAAGAUGCACAAGUGCAAGUUCUGUGACUACGAGACAGCUGAACAAGGUCUGCUCAACCGCCACUUGCUGGCUGUCCAUAGUAAGAGCUUCCCCCACAUCUGUGUGGAAUGUGGCAAGGGCUUCCGGCACCCCUCCGAACUGAAGAAACACAUGCGCACACACACAGGCGAGAAGCCUUACUCUUGCCUCUACUGCGACUACAAGUCGGCUGAUUCCUCCAACCUGAAGACUCAUGUCAAGACCAAGCACAGCAAAGAGAUGCCCUUCAAGUGUGAGCGCUGCUUCCAGACGUUUGCUGAGGAGGAGGAGUUGCUGCAGCACGGGCUGACUCAUGAGGAGGCCAAAACCCACCAGUGUGCCCACUGUGAACACAAGAGCUCCAACUCCAGUGACCUGAAGCGCCACAUAAUAUCGGUGCACACUAAGGACUACCCCCACAAAUGUGGCGUCUGCGAUAAAGGCUUCCACCGGCCGUCAGAACUGAAGAAGCACUCUGCGUCGCACCGUGCCAAGAAACUGCACCAGUGCCGGCACUGCAACUUCAAGAUCGCGGACCCCUUUGUGCUCAGUCGCCAUAUCCUGUCAGUCCACACCAAGGAGCAACAGGCCUCUCCUGAAAAGAACGGGCCCAAAAGGACCUUACUAGGGCCUUCCCCUGCCAGUGCACCGGUGGCAAGGAAGCAGGUUUUGGUACCUGGUGCUAGUUCUAGUGCUGCGGGCAUGGCCAAGGGACCCAGGGAGAGGAGGGUUUAUCAGUGUCAGUACUGUGACUACAGCUCUGGGGAUGCCUCAGGCUUCAAGCGCCAUGUGAUCUCCAUCCACACAAAAGACUACCCCCACCGCUGUGAGAUCUGCUCUAAAGGCUUCCGCAGGCCCUCGGAGAAGAGCCAGCAUAUUGCACGCCACCACAAGGACUUAGUGCAGGCAGACUGA